UACAAAUUGUUUUUAAAAAUGUUUCAUUUUUUAUAGGUGUGUGUAUGUAGUCCAAGAUGUCCAAAUUGGCACGGCGUGGUUCCAAGGGCCACUCGCCUCGCCAGCGUAGAAUGGUUGACUAUUUUUCCUGUAAUCAGUCGAAAAACAGUCAGCCCCAUCCACAGCAGUCAUCCGCUAAACCUAAUAAGCCUGUUGCAACAGUCACUCCACAGACUGUGAGAUCCUUAUCCCCUUCAACUUCCUUUUCAAAUUUCUCUCUCAUGGAUGAUGAUGAUGACUUCGUUGACCUUACUGAUUUUGAGACUGAAGACACAAAGACAGGCAAAGCAGUAGAAAAAGCACAUGAGACAAAGGAAUAUGUUAUAAAGCAAGAGGAAGAUGAAGAGGAAGCUAUAGCUACAAGGUUAGGCAGGAGGAAUAAAAGUAUCAUAGUCUCAGAUGAUGAUGAAACUGACAUGGAAAACAACAUCGAGGAUUUCUCCCCUUUAAAAAAGAUUGCCAAGAAUGAAGAAAUAUCUGUGAAUAAUGAAAGAGUUGAAAGUCGGAAAAAUGAUAUAGACAUAACUGAUGAUAUAUCAAAGGAGAAAGCUGGCAGCAUCUUUACUACUGCUCGAAAGCUUAGUACUGAGCUUCAGACCCAAAAUGAUUUUUUUGAAAAUAUGGAUUUUGAGACAGAAGUUGAUUAUAUUGAUGCAUCGCCACCCUCUCCUCCCCUGGUGACUCUCAACACUCAAGCUGUUAACAUGAGUUCAUUGUCUACUACAGCAAAGAGAUUUCCCCGUGAUGAGACACCCAUGACUUCUCCACCAACUUCACCAGGGCCGCUACGAAUGGAGCCUAAGCACCAGGGCAGAUCUGGCCUAGAGGAAGAUAAUGAGCAGAUAUCAUCCCAGAUUAAAACAGUUGCUCCCUAUGUAGUUAAGCCAGACACCAAAAUUAAGGUCACACAGAAGUUACCAAUAGAAUCAAAUCCAAACCUCAAUAGAACUGCCCAGAAGAAAAAUGUGGUAGCAUCUUUAAAUAAUAAAUCUUUGCUUAUGCUGGGACAUGAUGAUGCUGUGAUGACUGUUGAUCAGAUUUUAAAACAUCCUGUUUUACGGGUUAGUGAGGUGGAAGAUACUGACUUCGUUCUCCUUGAAGGUCUGAGAGCAUCAGUAUUUGCCCUGAUGGCAGAAAUGUUCACAAGCAUUCCCAUGGAAACUUUGAAGCAGAUACCAAAUUACGAUGUUAUCAAACAUUUGAAAAUUGCAAAUGCUUAUUCCAAAAUAAAGAAAAUUAUGGACAAAGGAAGAGAAGAAGUUAUUUCGAAGUCUGGACACAGUUCAACUAGUAGUGCUGUGGAUAAAAGUCAUGAUCAGCUCCCAGGUAUAAAAAAAGAAAAAACCCAAAGCUUGAGUCCAAAUAAUGAACGUUAUGUUCGAGCUCGUUAUAGUGCACACAUAGACACAGUUGAUGAAUCUCAAGAUGUUUUGAGUAAACCAGUUUUUCAGUCGAAGGAUGGAUGUAGUUUUACUAGUAAGCCAAUUAAAAGUGCUUCGCCUAAAAAGUCUUCAUUUUCAUUUAAGCAGAUGAGCUGUGGAAGUGAUAGUUUUCUAGGUGGAGUGAAUCCCUCUCAAAGUACAAAUAUAUCUAAGAAGGGUAUUUUAAGUACUAAUCCUAAGCAGGGAACGAGUAAUAGUAAAGACCCUUCAAUAUCUGUUGGGGACAGCUUUUUUGAUGUGUCAUUCUCUCAGACUGUGCCACCUGCCAAGCGUCUUUCACAGUCACCGAUGCCAUCUCCAAUUCCUUUGAAGCUUUCUCAGGGAAUGAAGACUGCUUCUUCAAGUACACCUGUUUCAAAGACUGGAAGACUGUCACCUGUAUUCCCUUCAUCAUUUGCAAAGACCACAACCAAAAAUGUCCCUGUAGAAAUACCUAAUGGAACUCAGAUGAUUCUUGACCCUGACACGCAGGCAUUCAAUGAUGAUUUUGACUUGGAAUAUAUUGAUGAAAACACGGAGGUUGUACAAGAUGAGCCAUGGAGGUCAGCAAACAAAAAAAAGAUAGUUGAUUUUGAUGACGACCUUGAUGAAUCUGUAACUUUGGCAUCAGGUGCACAGAGAAUGCAUAAUAACCAGCCCAAAAAAGCAUACAUUAGUAGCACACAACAGUCUUACAAGAAGAGCCCAGAGAGCACCAAGGGUCAUUUCCACGGCAAUGUUAGAAACGAUGGAGCUACAGGAGAAUUCAGUGGCAUGAACUAUGCACACACAAAGGAAAUGUUAAAGGUAUUCCACCAAGUCUUUGGUUUACAGCGUUUUAGAGAAAAUCAGAAGGAAGUUAUCAAUGCUGCCCUUCUAGGAAAAGACUGUUUUGUUUUGAUGCCAACAGGUGGUGGGAAAAGCUUGUGCUACCAGUUACCAGCAUGUUUGAAUGAUGGUGUUUGCAUUUUUUUGCAGUCAUUACCUGUGACUGACUUCAGAAGUUUGGCCUUAUUUUUCCCUGUGAUAAAAUUAACUUUCCAGAUUCCUGCUGGACAUGUGUCUGGAGAUGUUACACAAAGGGAAGAGAAUCUUAUAUAUGCAGAGCUGACAAAGAGAGAACCAGAGGAAAUCAUAAUAGCUAGAUGGAAGGAGUACUUUGAAGACUUACUAAAUGAAGAAAAAUCCAGAACAUUAAUAAGAGAUAGAAAACCUCAUGAAAGAAUAGUCCAGGAUAUUAGCAGAGAAGAGGUUAAGAAGGCGCUGGAUAAAAUGAAGAAGGGGAAAGCAGUGGGACGUGAUGGAAUACCAGCUGAAGUGUGGAAUUGUUUAGGAGAGAAAGGAAAGAGCACAGUUGAUGCAAUAUUUGCUCUAAGGCAGACAGUAGAGAAAUAUAGAGAGAAACAGAAAGGACUACAUCUGGUGUUUAUUGACUUGGAAAAAGUAUAUGAUCGGGUGCUUAGGCAGGAAGUAUGGAGGUACUUGAGAGAGAAAAGAGUUUCUGAAAAGUAUGUCAGAAUAAUGAAAGAUAUGUAUGCAGAGGCAACCAUGCAACCAAAUAGGCCCAUCUUUGACCCUUUGGGCCCUAAUCCCCAAAGGGAACAGGCUGCGCCCCCUGCUAUCAAUGUUGAGACAGAAGUUGAUUAUAUUGAUGCAUCGCCACCCUCUCCUCCCCUGGUGACUCUCAACACUCAAGCUGUUAACAUGAGUUCAUUGUCUACUACAGCAAAGAGAUUUCCCCUUGAUGCCCAGACACCAAAAUUAAGGGUCACACAGAAGUUACCAAUAGAAUCAAAUCCAAACCUCAGUAGAACUGCCCAGAAGAAAAAUGUGGUAGCAUCUUUAAAUAAUAAAUCUUUGCUUAUGCUGGGACAUGAUGAUGCUGUGAUGACUGUUGAUCAGAUUUUAAAACAUCCUGUUUUACGGGUUAGUGAGGUGGAAGAUACUGACUUCGUUCUUCUUGAAGGUCUGAGAGCAUCAGUAUUUGCCCUGAUGGCAGAAAUGUUCACAAGCAUUCCUAUGGAAGCUUUGAAGCAGAUACCAAAUUACGAUGUUAUCAAACAUUUGAAAAUUGCAAAUGCUUAUUCCAAAAUAAAGAAGAUUAUGGACAAAGGAAGAGAAGAAAUUAUUUCGAAGCCUGGACACAGUUCAACUAGUAGUGCUGUGGAUAAAAGUCAUGAUCAGCUACCAGGUAUAAAAAAAACGGAAAAAACCCAAAGCUUGAGUCCAAAUAAUGAACGUUACGUUCAAGCUCGUUAUAGUGCACACAUAGACACAGUUGAUGAAUCUCAAGAUGUUUUGAGUAAACCAGUUUUUCAGUCGAAGGAUGGAUGUAGUUUUACUAGUAAGCCAAUUAAAAGUGCUUCGCCUAAAAAGUCUUCAUUUUCAUUUAAGCAGAUGAGCUGUGGAAGUGAUAGUUUUCUAGGUGGAGUGAAUCCCUCUCAAAGUACAAAUAUAUCUAAGAAGGGUAUUUUAAGUACUAAUCCUAAGCAGGGAACGAGUAAUAGUAAAGACCCUUCAAUAUCUGUUGGGGACAGCUUUUUUGAUGUGUCAUUCUCUCAGACUGUGCCACCUGCCAAGCGUCUUUCACAGUCACCGAUGCCAUCUCCAAUUCCUUUGAAGCUUUCUCAGGGAAUGAAGACUGCUUCUUCAAGUACACCUGUUUCAAAGACUGGAAGACUAUCACCUGUAUUCCCUUCAUCAUUUGCAAAGACCACAACCAAAAAUGUCCCUGUAGAAAUACCUAAUGGAACUCAGAUGAUUCUUGACCCUGACACACAGGCAUUCAAUGAUGAUUUUGACUUGGAAUAUAUUGAUGAAAACACGGAGGUUGUACAAGAUGAGCCAUGGAGGUCAGCAAACAAAAAAAAGAUAGUUGAUUUUGAUGACGACCUUGAUGAAUCUGUAACUUUGGCAUCAGGUGCACAGAGAAUGCACAAUAACCAGCCCAAAAAAGCAUACAUUAGUAGCACACAACAGUCUUACAAGAAGAGCCCAGAGAGCACCAAGGGUCAUUUCCACGGCAAUGUUAGAAAUGAUGGAGCUACAGGAGAAUUCAGUGGCAUGAACUAUGCACACACAAAGGAAAUGUUAAAGGUAUUCCACCAAGUCUUUGGUUUACAGCGUUUUAGAGAAAAUCAGAAGGAAGUUAUCAAUGCUGCCCUUCUAGGAAAAGACUGUUUUGUUUUGAUGCCAACAGGUGGUGGGAAAAGCUUGUGCUACCAGUUACCAGCAUGUUUGAAUGAUGGUGUUUGCAUUGUAAUAUCACCUCUCAGAUCACUGAUACUUGACCAAGUACAAAAGUUGACAUCUCUUGAUAUUCCUGCUGGACAUGUGUCUGGAGAUGUUACACAAAGGGAAGAGAAUCUUAUAUAUGCAGAGCUGACAAAGAGAGAACCAGGAAUCAAGCUUCUGUAUGUUACUCCAGAGAAAAUAAGUUUUAGCAUGAAAUUUUUUUCAAUUCUUGAGUCACUAUAUCAGAGGAAAAAACUCAGUCGAUUUGUGAUCGAUGAAGCUCAUUGUGUGUCUCAGUGGGGCCAUGAUUUCAGACCAGACUACAAGAAAUUAAAUGUUCUCCGUCAACGUUUUCCUGGUGUUCCAACUAUUGCUCUAACAGCUACUGCAACCCCAAGAGUUAGAGUAGACAUUCUUCAUCAACUGGGCAUGUCUGAUCCAAAAUGGUUCUUGAACAGUUUUAACCGAAGCAAUCUCAGGUAUGACGUGCUACCCAAAAAGGGUAAAAAGAUCACUACUGAAAUUGCAGCCUUAGUAAAAGCUAAAUAUGCAAACUGCUCAGGAAUCGUAUACUGCCUUUCCCGCAAGGAAUGUGAUACAACUGCUGCUGAUCUUACAAGAGCUGGCAUCAAGGCAGAAAGUUAUCAUGCGGGGUUAGGUGACAAAGAUAGAGUUUCUGUUCAGUCACUGUGGGUUAAUGACAAAUUUAAGGUUGUGUGCGCCACAAUAGCAUUUGGUAUGGGUAUUGAUAAACCAGAUGUGCGUUUUGUCAUCCAUUAUUCUUUGCCAAAAAGUGUCGAAGGAUAUUACCAAGAAUCGGGGAGAGCAGGCCGAGAUGGGGAAACUGCUGACUGCAUCUUGUUUUAUUCUUACACAGACAUGCACAGACUGAGAAAGAUAAUUGACUUGGAUCGUGAAAACUACGAAGCCAAGAAGACUCAUUAUGACAAUUUGUAUCGGAUGGUGGCAUAUUGUGAAAAUAAGUUGGACUGUAGACGAACCCAGCUACUUAAUUACUUUGGAGAAAUUUUUGACAGAGAAAAAUGCAAAAGAAAUAGAGCUACUGCCUGUGACAACUGUAGAUCCCAGGGUUCUUUCUCUAUGGUAGAUGUGACAAAGGAAAAACUCGAGUAAUUCUUCAAGCUGUGCAAGCAGUUGUGUACAGAAGGCAGAUGGUCUAGCAAUUUUACCUUGAAUCAUUUUGUUGAUAUAUUUAAAGGGUCAGAAGCAAAGAAAGUUAUGGAUAAUGGUCAUAAUAGACAUCCUCUGCAUGGAAUGGGUAAAUCAUGGACACGUAGUGAUUGUGAGAGGCUUCUGCGUCGAUUGGUCCUCGAAGGGUAUAUGAAAGAAGAGAUGGUUGUUGCAAGAGAUGAAAUGGCCUUUGCUUAUGUUAGACCUGGACCAAAAUGCCAACAGUUUCUUAGCAAUCGUACAGCAAAGUUUGAGUUUGAGAUGAAAAAUGUUAGUGGCUCCGAUAGUCGGAAUGACACAACUGCAGAAGGUGUGGACGAUGAAGAAGAUGUUGAGCUUAAAACACUACAGAAGGAUUGUUAUGAAGCUCUUCUGCAGACUGUCAAAGAUAUUGCAUCAUCAAAAGGCAUCAAUUAUACUAAUAUCAUCAAUAUGGUUGCCCUCAGGCUUAUGUCUCGAAACCUGCCAGAAUGUGAAGAAGAAAUGAGAAAGAUACCUCAUGUAACAAAGGCAAACUUUGAUAAAUAUGGCCAAGCUCUAUUAGAAGUUACUCAGCGUUAUGCAGCUCAGAAACUUGUUAUACUAAGUGAGAGAGCUGAUCAGUCAUUUGAUGAUCAUAGUUUUAUGGAAGGAAAUGAGGAAACUACUGGAUGGUUAAGCACAGUCAGCGCACCAGAACCUGGACCCUCACCUUAUUUUAAUCGAAGAGGAUUUGGCCGUAAAUUUGGCAGGGGUGUAAAACGCAAGAGGUAUCAGUAUAGUGCUGGUAAAAGUGCAAAGCAAGCAAGAACAGUUAGUCCAAAGAAAGCACAAGCAGGAACAUCAAGGGGAAGAGCAUCGGUUAGCAGGAGUCAAACUAAGAGAGGUGGGCCUGGAAGAGGAUCGCAAAGGGGAGGCACCGAAUAUUCAACAAACACAUCAUCUAGGGCACAAAGAGGGCGUUCAUCAGCAGUGUCUUCAGGACUAGGUUUACUCAGUGCCCCUACACCAAGAUCAUUUUUACCUCCACCAAAAAUUGUUCAGAUGUAGACAUGAUUUUUUUAGAUUCCAGAUUUACAUUCAGUAUGGAGUGCAUGACAUUUUUAUUCUCAUCAGUAAUUUUAUUUAUAUUGAUUUUCAUACUCUUAUUUAUAGUUGACAUUUAGUACAAGUUUCAUAAUACAAGUUUUUAAACCUUUUGGAUUACAAAUUCAUAAUUAGAUUUCUCAGUUCAGAUUUAUUUUUCAUUAUGGCAGCUGUAUUCAGAAGUAUUUCACAUAUGAAUGAACUGGUAUCUUUGAUGAUACAAAAGUAAACUUGCAAAGCACAUAUUAGCAUUUUAUAACUGCAGAAUAAAAGGUUUGCCAGUGAUUGUGGUGAAGGCAUUCUGAACAAGUUUAUGAGAUUAAGAAUGGUCUUUAGAUGAUCUUGUAUUUUAUUUUUGAACUGCAAUAAAACAGAAUUUAUUAUGAUUUAAAAGAAACUUCAUUGACAUCAUCAUGAAUUCAUAUUCUGAACAGACAGUAUUUUCUAAAAUGCUAGUUCAUACAAAUUUUCAGGGCUUCAAUUCAUCAUUUAAAUGCCCAUAGAAAUGUAUCUUGUACUUAUGUAAUACACUUGUUUUUAAAACCAUAAAUCUGACUUCAGCUUCUGUCUUUGUUUUCAAUUUUUUUAUUGCUCUCCAGCUAUUAUUACACCAAUUUAUUUUUUUUAAUGCUAACGAAUGUAGACAGUCAGUACAAAGCCGUGUCACAAUAAUGGAAUGUCAGUAGUUUUUUCCCCGGAAUAUUUGCUAUUUUUGUGUGUAUAUAUAUAUAUUGUAAUAGGAAUAUCCUUUGGAUCUUUUGUUAAAUUGAUGACCAUCUAACAUAAUUUGGUGUGCCAUAAUUUUAUGGUAGUGUCAUCGUAAUAAUAAAUAGGUAGAGUAAGGGCAAUUUUUAAAAUUUUUUUUAAAAAUUGUAAUCCAUACAACCCUUUCCCUACUAGGUUGACCAGUAAUAUUCUAACCUGGCCAUGUCAUAAAACUAGAUAAUCUGUAAGUUUGAAGGUGUAUAAAAUUAUGGUGUGGAUAAAGGUAACAUCACAGCAAAUAAAGGGGACUACAUGACUGAUAGAGACCAAAUUAUUCAGUUAACAUGCACCACAUGGAAAACAUACUGUUCUGUGUCAAGGCAUCAAUUGUGUAUGUGAAACAAGAAAUAGUAACUAUUUUAAACAAAAAUUCUCUAAAUAUUGUAUGUAGAUAAUUUUCACCAAGUAUAAAGAUUUUAUUUUGAAUUGGCAAAACACUUGUGUCAACAGUUUUGACAGUAGACGUCAUGAGUAUGCGAAGAACUGUGCCAAGCAUGCAGACCCUGCCUGUUUCUUAAAACACUAGACUAGGAAUCUAGCAUAACCCAUUACCUACAUUUUCAUACAUUUUUGGAAACUUUAUUAUAUUAUUAUAAUAAUGUUUGGCACACAUCAUUGGAUAAUGAGACAGUACUACAAAAAGAAUAUUUUAAUAUAGUCAACAAUGUCUAAAUAUGAAUAAUUUCUAUAAAUAAAAGCCUACACAAUAUAUUUCUGAUAAUUACGUAUAACAAACUUUCAUAAAAUAAUUUGCAUCACCUUAGGGGAGUAGAAGGCCUGCUCCAAACUUUUAAAAAAUUACCAAGUUAAAAAAAAUGCUUUUUUUUUUUUCUUCAGAUUUUACAGUAAUCUAAAA